AUGGAUGAACCCAAGUCUCCAAGUAUGGAAAAGGGUGGUUCAAGCGAUAUGGUUACCCAGGACGCUGAAGGCCUCGGAACAAUUGGCCAUGUCCAAAGUCUUUCCCGAAAGUUCAGUCCAUGGAGCAUGCUUGCGCUCUCAUUUAGUGUCCUCGGAACAUGGGCUACUUUUGCAGUCGAUCUCUCCAAUGGGCUGACGAACGGAGGACCUAUCACCAUCCUCUACGGCCUUCUACUUGUCACCCUCUGCAAUCUUUGUGUCGCUCUUUCCCUGGGAGAGCUAUGCAGUAGCAUGCCAACAGCAUUGGGACAGGCCUACUGGGUUUCCCGUCUCUGGAAAUCCUCACUUGGUCGAUUCGUUUCAUACUCCUGUGCCUGGAUCAACGUCUUCGGCUGGUGGACACUCUCCGCAUCCCAAAAUGCUUUCAUGACGGAGAUCAUCUUGGGGGUGAGGACAGUCUCGCAAGAGAGCUGGACUGAAACCAGCCCAGGGUGGUUAAAAUUCGUUAUUUAUCUCGCCAUCACCAUCUUAAUGACUUUUUCAAACGUCAUUGCAUGUCGCAAAGAUUGGAUUCUUCGGUGGUUCAACAAUUUUGUUGGUGCUUGGUUUGGAGGAGAGUUCGUUCUUUUCUCUCUCGCCAUCCUUAUCGCUGUAGGUGUGAAGGCCGAUCUAUUCUUUCAACCACCCUCUUUUGUUUUCGGGCAUUGGAUCAACGACACUGCAUGGAGUGAUGGUGUCGUUUGGUUUAUAGGCCUUGUGCAAUCUGCCUAUGGCCUGACUGCUUUUGAUGCGGUGAUUCACUUGAUCGAAGAGUUACCAUCGCCACAGAGAAAUGGCCCGCGAGUUCUUUGGAUGUCAAUCAUCUCCGGUGCAGUCUCCGGUGGUUUGUUUAUGGUGGUUUGUCUUUUUUGUAUUCAAAACUUGAAGAUGGUGUUGAACCCCGCGUCUGGACUUCCUUUCUUAGAACUUGUCAGACAAACUGUCGGGCCCCAAGGGACGGUUGCGCUUUUUAGCAUUUUCAUAUUCAACGGACUAGGUCAAGGUGUCAGCAUUACAACAACUGCGUCUCGGUUGACAUGGGGAUUUGCACGUGAUGGAGGCCUUCCGUUCAGCCACUAUUUGACGCAUGUUGAUGCCUACUGGAAAGUUCCCGCUCGGGCUCUUUGGGCCCAAGGUGCUAUAAUUUCCUUGGUGGGUGUUUUAUACUUCUUUACAGAGGCGGCUGUUGAAGCUGUGGUCAGUGUCUCCACGAUUGCCUUGACUAUAUCAUAUGCACUGCCGAUAUUUGCAGUUGUGAUUUUUGGAAUGUCUGAUGUUCCAAGGGGGACAUUUUCUCUUGGGAGAUUGCGCCCCGUUAUCAACUGGGUCGGAUUGAUUUACUGCUGUGUUACAACAGUCUUUUUUCUCUUUCCUGGGUCACCAUCUCCAACUGUUGCGACAAUGAAUUGGGCUAUCGCAGUAUUUGGGGCGAUGUUGCUGAUUGCAAUUGCCUUUUGGUUUACCAAAGGAACAUACAUGAGGACUGAUCGUGCCUUAGGUGAGGUAUUUCGCGCUGCCCAACUGGAAGGGGAAGGGGGGUCUUGA